GUAAGCAAACACAAAAGAAGAACCUUACUCUGGAACACAAGUUCAGAGGUUGUCAGCUAGUUAAUGUUUAAGGAAGGACUCUUCUGCUUUGUUGGCGUAUAAAUUGACAAAAAAAACAAGAAGAAUAGUCUGGUCAAGGAGAUAAAUAAAAGUGAAAAAUGGGGAAGGUUCUUGGCCUGUGGUUAUUAGGGAUUCUGCUCUGUUGUGGUGCCCAGUGUGACGAUCAUUCUAAAGAUCACCACCAUCACAUUCAUGACACGGAUCACCAGCAUGAGGAGAGUGAGCUGCAGUGCCGCAAGUUAAUGCCUGCAAACUCUGACUUUGCAUUCAGUUUAUACAAACAACUGAACUCCCUGCCAGAUGGGGAGUCCAGAAACAUCUUCUAUUCCCCUUUGAGCAUUUCUACUGCCCUUUCUGUGAUGGCACUGGGUGCAAAGGGUACCACUCAUGAUCAACUUUUUGAAACCCUCGGAUUCAGCCCUUCUGGUCUCAAUGAAACUGAAGUUAAUCAUGCCUUUGAACACCUGUUUCACAUGCUCAGUCAUAAAAAUAACGAGCUUCAGUUGGAAGCUGGGAAUGUUGUCUACCUGCAGGAAGGGUUCAAGCCAAAUCCUACAUUUUUGAAAGACGCCCAACACUUUUACGACACAAAAGGUUUCACAGUCAACUUUCAGAAACCUGACUUCGCUAAAGUAGAGAUAAAUACGUAUAUAGCAAUGAAGACCCAUGGCAAAAUCGUUGACUUAAUCAAAGACCUAGAUUCUAAAGCUGUGAUGGUUCUUGUGAACUACAUGUUCUUCAGAGGGAAAUGGGUAAAGCCUUUUGAUCCAAAAUAUACAAAGGAAGAUGUCUUCCAUGUGAAUGAGAACACAACAGUCCCAGUUGAGAUGAUGAUCCGAAGUGGCAGAUUUGACUAUUAUUAUGAUGAAGAAAACUCUACUUUCAUACUGAUGCUACCCUACAAAGGAGAUGCAUCACUGAUGCUUAUCUUGCCUGAUGAAGGAAAGCUUAAGGAAGUGGAAGAGAUGUUGAGUAAGGACAGCAUUAAAAGAUGGCACGAUUCACUCUUCUUUAGCUCUGUGGAUGUGUACCUACCCAAAUUCUCAGUUUCUGCAUCCUAUUCCCUCAAAGAAAUACUGGCAACCAUGGGUAUCAUCAAUGCGUUUAGUGAUAACGCAGACUUUUCCAGAAUUACAGAAGAGAUUAAACUGAAAUUGUCUAAGGCUGCCCACAAAGCAGUGCUAGACGUUGAUGAGAAGGGAACUGAAGCAGGAGCUGCCACUUUCAUUGAGGUGAUGCCAAUGUCAAUACCUCCAGUUGUGAAAUUUAACCGACCCUUCAUCUUGUUGAUCGUCGAAAAAACUACCAAGAGUAUCCUCUUCAUGGGAAAAAUAAUGAAUCCUUCUCUAAAGUAAAUAUGUGUUAGCAGUGCCACUUUUAUAACGAAUACACAAUGGAAACAUUUUAAAGUCGUUAUCUUUAAAAGUAGAUGUAUUACACUUACUGAACUGUUAAAAGGUGAAAAAGCAGUGAAACAUCUCUAAAAUUCACAUGUAUGCAUUAUAAUAAUUUAUGUUUAGUUAUUUUUGCAAUGGCAAAAUAGAUAUUCUAGUCUGUUCUUGCAUAAAAAUAACAUUUUAAUAUGUAAACUCCUAGUCAUUGUAUAAUGCAAUAAAAGAACAAGUGUAACAGCA